AUGACGGGCUCCAGGCCGGCAUGGCGGGCCGCUGGGGUCGGCCCCGUGGGUUGGGCCGAGCAUGCCGGGCCUGCCGGGGCCAGCUCUUGGUUGGCGACGGCGACCGUGGCCGUGGGAGGCAUGCUGGAGUGGUACGACUUCGCGAUGUUCGGCUUCCUAGUGCCAGAGAUCUCCGCGGCGUUCUUCCCCGCCGCCUCCCCGACGACCUCCAUCAUAGAGGCGUGCAGCGUGUUCGGGGGCGCGUUCCUUAUGCGGCCGCUCGGCGGAGUCUUCUUCGGCCACGUGGGCGACGGCGGGCACGCGGGCGUGCUGAGCCCGCACAAGGCGCUGGAGGACUCCUUGCUGGCCAUGGCGGCUCCGACGGUGCUGCUGGGCUGUCUGCCCAGCCACGCGCAGGUGGGGAUCGCCGCCCCGCUCCUGCUCGUUCGGCUGGGCCAGGGGAUCGCGGUGGGCGGGCAGCUGGUGAGGGCCUGGAUGUUGGCGGAGCUCCAGGCCCCCCCGGGCUGGCAGAACGCCUACGUGUGCACGUCGCUCAGCGGGUGCUUCUUGGGCUCCGCCUUGGGGUCGGCUGUGAACUUCGUCUGCCGCUCGGUCUUCUCGGGCAAGGCCCUUCUGGCCUGGGCCUGGCGCGUGCCAUUCUUCUUCGGCGCAGCGCUGCCCGUUGCUGCAUACAUAGCGCAAGUAGUGAUGCGGCCGCAAGAGCAUGGGAGCAUGAACCUGGGAGAUGAUGACUGCGAUGUGCGUCUGGAGAGCGGUGAACCUGGGAGAUGA